UUAACAGUGAAGAAAGUAGGACAAAGUCAAAAAGCGGAAAAUGAAACCGAAGAAAAAAGAAAAAGUGAUCAAGGCAGAAAGAAACGAAGCUGAUAUUGAAAAAUGGCUCCAGACUUUUACAAAACCAACACAGAUCUACAGAUACCUACGGACAAGACAUCUUGUUUCACCAUUGUUUCUCCAGCGGAAUUUGUGGUAUAUGAAGCACAGAAGGAAACCCAAUCCACUUAGGAAGAGUUUUAAAGUUGACAGCCUACUAGAGAAGAAGAAACCAGUCCAAGAAGAGAAUAGCAAACAGUGUGUUGGGAGUCGUCACCUGCGACUGGACCUAGAGGGGUUUUAUGAUGACCAUCUGCCCCAGGGUGUCACAGAAGUCGAGGUGGAGGCCAUUCUUACUCGCAUACAGCACACACGCAAGCAUGGUGAUGAAGUAUUGAAUGUUAAGCCGACAAGUUUGGGAAAGGUUAAUGUACCAGUCAACCCCAACUGGACCAAGUCUAGCCUGGAUGGUACUCAGUGUGAGGAAAGCACUGAGCCAUGCCUAGCCAAAAUCAUCUCCAAGGAUGGGCUGACAUUCCAGCCCCAUGACGGCCAACACAGCAUCAGUCUUCAUCUCAGUGUCACCUGUCAUCUCAGCCUUAGUGUCUCGAAUGGAGGAGGCAAUGGAGACAAUGCAGAUGAGCCUGCGAGUAAGAAGCGUCGAAAUGUACCUGGGUCGAACCCAUCUAGGCUAGAGGAGAACGUGGUGGUAUAUGGUGCUGAGCUCUCGCUGUAUGGUCGCCAACAUCGAUGCCUCCUUGAUGCCGGCAUGUAUGACCUCAUCCUGCAGGAGCAAGGAUCCAAGUUCUCAACACAAGGCACACGCUGGGAGACUGCCGCGGGCAAGAGGCCAAUUGAUGUCCUGGAAGUUUUUGACACCAGCCCAACACUGAAGUUCAAGCUGUCAUGGACAGACGAUGCAGAGGGGCUUAAACCAAGCACUAUACCACCCUGUGAAUAUGCCAGAAACAACAACUACCCCACCUCUGGCUCUGAUUCCUCGAGUCUUCAAAUAAAGGAAGAAGGCCAAUCCACUCCUCAAAAGAAAAUUCAGGUUGUGUACAACUUCUUGUACGAUGAGAACACACGACAGCAGACGGAUGCACGUGAGGACCUUGUGUGCCCCUGGUGCACGAUCAACAGUGGCGACCUCUACAGUCUGCUUAAACACCUCAGGCUGUGUCAUCCCAGGCUCAACUUCAUCUACACACCGACACCAACUGGUCAUCAGAUUGAUGUAUCUCUCAACGACUGUUAUGACGGGGCGUAUGCGGGAAACCCCCAGGACCUGAACUCCCAUUUAGGCUUUGCCUUUCACAGACUUGGUCCUGUACAACGCACGUCCAUCACACACGUCAUUGUCUACAGACCAAAAAUUCCAUCUCAGACCCUGCAGGAAUUCUUUGAACCAGAGAAGGAGAACCAGGUCUGCAGGCAGAUUAUCCAGGGACAUAACAGGUUGUAUUACCGUACGAUCACAUGCCAGCCAUUGAAGCCGCAAGAAGUGAACCAAGACAGCGAGGAUGAAGUGACACCUGGAUGGCUGUGUCAGAAGUCUGUCAAUCUGAUAGAUGAGUUUACGGAUGUAAAUGAAGGAGAGAAAGAGCUGAUGAAGAUGUGGAACACACACUGCAUGAAAUACGCGUACAUCGCAGACUGUCAGAUUGGUCAGGCGUGUCAGUCGUUCCUGGAGGAGCAUGGUCGUGAGGUCGUCACCAAGAACAUCGUCAAGAACUUCAUACUGCACCUCUCCAGCCUGUAUGACUACAGCCUGAUAAGCCUCGACAUUGUCCAGCGCUCCAUGUGGCAGCUUUACACUGUCCAGGAUGACCUUGAGACUGCGGGGCUGGUGCCAACCAAUAGCUGAUGAGAUCGGCCCUAGUUUCUUUUUGUGACAAAUUCAUGCACUUUCUAACAAUGUGUAGUAGAGUUUAAAGGGUUUUUUUCUGUUCAUGACCUGUUGUGUGGAGAAUGUUGGUGCUAUCCAUGUGACUCAUGUUUGAAGACAGUGGAGUACCUGUGAAAUAAAGAAACAGAUAACAUGUAUGUUCUAGCUCAAGAUCGACUCUUUUGACUGUGUGCCACUGUGUUUAUAAACAUUCAACAACAAGGCCAUCAAAUUAUAAACUGUAAAAUUCCAGAAAUCUUUAUUUUCUGUACUGUGCAAUUUUUUUUCAUUUUUAACUGAAUAAACUACUGCAGUUCUAAACAA